UUAGAUGCGUUAACUUGCCAUCAUCAAACACGACUUUGGCUCCAUAUCUCCCAAUUCAGUUCUAGGUAUUUGAUUUCGUGACUUCAAUUUAGAUUAGCUCCAAUUCCCGGCAGCUUUCCUCCUCUUUCGUUGCUGCUCCAAAACCUCUUUUCUCUGCGACUCUUCCGCUCUUCUUUCGUUCUCCUCGGUCAUCUUAUCCAGCUAUUCUCUUUCUCCUAGCUUCCUUUUCUUUUUCAAGUCCAGCAGCAACCUUUCUCAAUUAGUUUCAGAGUUCAAGCUCUCCUCAACGCGUUUCCUGAUUGCUUCUAAGUUCUUAAUGGGGUUUAUUCAUAGUUGUAAUUGGUUUCCCAGUUUAGUUUGAUUUCCUCUUUCUAUUAUAUAAUGCUUUUAGGAAAUAUUGUAUAAGAUAACCUAGUAUUGUAGAGUUCGACAUCCAACAUUAUUAUCUGAAUCUAUUGAUUUCACUCUAGGUUGCAUUGUCAAUUGUAUCUUUGAUCAAACUUAUAUUAGAUCCUAUCAAAGAUGGGGAAGAAACAACAUAGUAAGGAUCGUAUGUUUAUUACAAAGACAGAAUGGGCAACUGAAUGGGGUGGUGCUAAAUCUAAGGAACUUACUACUCCAUUCAAGCGUCUUCCUUUCUAUUGUUGUGCGCUUACAUUCACGCCGUUUGAGUUUGCGGUUUGUACAAGUGAUGGCAGUGUUUUCAACUUAAUGCAUAUUAUUCCUUACAUUAAGAAACAUGGAAAACAUCCGGUUACUGGUGCUCGCCUUACCCAGGAAGAUCUCAUCCCACUUACUUUUCACAAAAAUUCCGAAGGAGAAUACCAUUGCCCAGUUUUGAAUAAAGUCUUUACCGAGUUUACACACAUAGUUGCUGUGAAGACCACCGGGAACGUGUUCUGUUAUGAGGCCAUUAAAGAACUGAAUAUAAAAACUAAAAACUGGAAGGAGCUUCUCACAGAUGAACCAUUUACUAGGAAUGACUUGAUUACAAUUCAGAACCCAAAUGCACUAGACAGCAAGGUCCUUGUGGAAUUUGAUCACGUAAAGAACAAUCUGAAACUCGAUGAUGAAGAAUUGAGGAAAAUGAGUGAAGAUCCUACGUAUAACAUAAAUGCCUCGGGCGAUAUUAAGCAAAUGUUGAAGGAACUUGGAACCGAGAAGGGCAGGGAAGCUGCAUUGCAUGGAGGAGGUGGUAGCAAAGCACAGAAUGAAAGAGCUGCAGUUCUCGCUGAUAUCUUAUUAGCAAGGUCUCGCAUCAAAGAGAAAGAAGGUUCUAAAUCAAGCACUAAUGGAGAUGGAACCCCGGCUUACAGUAUCGUUGAUGCCGCAUCGGCUUCUGUUCAUGGAAGAAGUGCUGCAGCAGCCAGAGCUACAUCAGAUGAUAAGACUGCUGCACGAAUAGCUAUGCACAAGGCUGGUGAGCGAGCCCCUGUUAAUGCGAAAAUGGUAAAAAGUCGCUACACUACAGGUGCUGCUUCACGAUCUUUCACAUCUACCUCUUACGAUCCUGUUACCACGAAUGAAUUUGAAUACAUAAAAGUUGAGAAGAAUCCUACAAAGAAAGGCUAUGUUCAACUUCAUACAACACAUGGGGACUUGAACAUCGAAUUGCGCUGUGAUAUAGCUCCCAGGGCGUGUGAGAACUUCAUAACACUCUGCGAACGUGGCUACUAUGAUGGAACAAUUUUCCACCGGAGCAUAAGGAAUUUUAUGAUUCAAGGCGGUGACCCUACUGGGACCGGAAAAGGAGGUGAAUCCAUUUGGGGGAAACCUUUUGCUGACGAGGUUAACUCGAAAUUGCUUCACUCAGGCAGGGGCGUUGUCAGCAUGGCAAACAGCGGCCCUCAUACUAAUGGCUCCCAGUUUUUUAUACUGUACAAGUCAGCAAAUCAUUUGAACUAUAAGCAUACUGUUUUUGGUGAAGUUGUGGGUGGGUUGACUGCCCUUGCGGUGAUGGAGAAGGUUCCUGUUGAUGACAGUGACAGACCUUUGGAAGAAAUAAAAAUUAAAAGUGUUUCGAUAUUCGUUAAUCCUUAUUUAGAACCUGAUGAGGAGGAAGAAGAUAAGAACAAAGAAGACAAACAAACUGUUGAUGAAGACAAUGAUAAGGUGGGGUCUUGGUAUAGCAAUCCAGGUACCGGAUCAACAGAAACUGCAGCAGCUUCGGGUGGCGGCCGAGUGGGUAAAUAUUUGAAAACUGCAAGGAGUAGUGCCGAAGCAGCUGCUGUUGUUGUUACUGAUAUGGGCUCAGAUGCAAAUGUUAGCACCAAGAAAAGGAAAGUAGGUGUGUCCAAUGUCGAAUUUAAGAACUUCUCAUCCUGGUAAAAGUUCCUUCAACUGUCACCACUUUGUACACCAGCAAUGAAGUUUGCUUGUUUUGUUGGAAGUAUCUGUUUACCUCUUAUUGUACCCGUAUGUGUACACUAUCUGUAAAUACGCCAGGCAUUUGGAGAGGUUAGAUUUUUAGUUUGUCAGGGUAUUAAUUUUUUAUUUUUGACGGAAAACGUCAAAUUUAAAUUGAAGCAAG